GGGGGUACACCGAGAGAGAUAGAAGACUACACGCCGAGAGGAGGGGGCUGGAAGUCUGAGACGCUUCCAGCCUGAAGGGGCCGGCGGUUCGGCCACAGCACCCUGGACUAGUUAGCCUGUACCCGCGCGGCUAAGUGAAUGGGAUGGAGCCGGGACCGUCUGGCGCUGUGCCCAUGGGGGCCUUCCCCCCACCCCUGCAGCAGGUGUUCCACGCCCCCCGCCGGCCGGGCAUGGGCACCGUGGGCAAGCCCAUCAAGCUGCUGGCCAACUACUUCGAGGUGGAGAUCCCAAAGAUGGACGUCUAUCACUAUGAGGUGGACAUCAAGCCCGACAAGUGCCCACGGAGAGUUAACAGGGAGGUGGUUGAAUACAUGGUGCAACACUUCAAGCCCCAGCUCUUCGGCGACAGGAAGCCAGUGUACGACGGCAAGAAGAACAUCUACACGGUGCUAGCACUUCCUAUUGGGAGUGAGAAGGUGGAUUUUGAGGUAACUAUCCCAGGUGAGGGUAAGGACCGAAUCUUCAAGGUGUCCAUCCGUUGGCUGGCCAAGGUGUCAUGGCGCCUGCUGCAGGAGACUCUGGUCAGCGGUCGGCUGCAGGUCCCCCUCGACUCGGUUCAAGCCCUGGAUGUGGCCAUGCGCCACCUGGCCUCUAUGAGGUACACUCCUGUGGGCCGUUCAUUUUUCUCCCCACCUGAAGGAUACUACCACCCGCUGGGUGGGGGGAGGGAAGUCUGGUUUGGCUUCCACCAGUCUGUGCGCCCUGCCAUGUGGAAGAUGAUGCUUAACAUUGAUGUGUCUGCCACGGCCUUCUACAAAGCCCAGCCUGUAAUUGAGUUCAUGUGUGAGGUUCUGGAUAUCCGCAAUAUUGACGAGCAGCCCAAGACUCUAACUGACUCGCAAAGGGUCCGCUUCACCAAGGAGAUUAAAGGCCUGAAGGUGGAGGUGACCCACUGUGGCCAAAUGAAGAGGAAGUAUCGUGUAUGCAAUGUCACCAGACGGCCUGCCAGCCACCAGACGUUUCCCCUCCAGCUUGAAAGUGGUCAGACGGUAGAAUGUACAGUGGCUCAGUACUUCAAGCAGAAGUACAACCUGCAGCUAAAAUACCCCCACCUACCAUGUUUACAGGUGGGGCAGGAGCAGAAGCACACUUACCUGCCCCUUGAGGUUUGUAACAUUGUAGCAGGCCAACGAUGCAUCAAGAAGCUGACAGAUAAUCAGACCUCCACUAUGAUCAAAGCCACAGCCCGGUCCGCACCCGACAGGCAGGAGGAGAUCAGCCGGCUGAUGAAGAACGCCAACUUCAACCUGGACCCGUACAUUCAGGAGUUUGGGAUCAAGGUGAAAGAUGACAUGGCUGAGGUGACGGGCAGGGUGCUUCCAGCUCCGAUCCUGCAGUACGGAGGACGGAACCGCGCCAUAGCUACCCCCAACCAGGGAGUGUGGGACAUGAGAGGGAAGCAGUUUUAUAACGGCAUUGAGAUCAAAGUGUGGGCGAUUGCAUGCUUUGCCCCCCAGAAACAGUGCAGGGAGGAGGUGCUCAAAAACUUCACAGACCAGCUGCGCAAGAUUUCAAAGGAUGCUGGGAUGCCAAUUCAGGGCCAGCCAUGUUUCUGCAAAUACGCCCAGGGAGCGGACAGCGUGGAGCCCAUGUUCAGACACCUGAAGAACACGUACUCUGGGCUGCAGCUCAUCAUCGUCAUCCUGCCUGGGAAAACUCCUGUCUAUGCUGAGGUGAAGCGUGUGGGAGACACCCUCCUGGGCAUGGCCACGCAGUGUGUGCAGGUGAAGAACGUGGUGAAGACGUCCCCCCAGACCCUCUCCAACCUCUGCCUCAAGAUCAACGUGAAGCUGGGAGGCAUCAACAACAUCCUUGUGCCUCAUCAACGGUCAGCAGUGUUUCAGCAGCCGGUUAUCUUCCUUGGAGCAGACGUCACGCACCCCCCUGCUGGAGACGGCAAGAAGCCCUCCAUUACUGCUGUGGUAGGUAGUAUGGACGCUCAUCCCAGCAGAUACUGUGCCACAGUGCGGGUCCAGAGACCCCGGCAGGAGAUCAUUGAAGAUCUGUCUUACAUGGUGCGUGAACUGCUCAUUCAGUUCUACAAGUCGACCCGUUUCAAGCCCACCAGGAUCAUCUUCUACAGGGAUGGAGUUCCUGAGGGACAGCUGCCGCAGAUUCUCCACUACGAGCUCCUGGCCAUCAGAGACGCCUGCAUCAAGUUGGAGAAGGACUAUCAGCCAGGCAUCACCUAUAUCGUGGUGCAGAAACGCCACCACACACGCCUCUUUUGUGCUGACAAGUCUGAAAGGAUUGGGAAGAGUGGGAAUAUUCCUGCAGGGACAACAGUGGACACCAGCAUCACUCAUCCCUUUGAGUUUGACUUCUACCUGUGCAGCCAUGCAGGCAUACAGGGCACCAGCCGGCCGUCUCAUUACUACGUCUUAUGGGACGACAAUCGCUUCACGGCUGACGAGUUGCAGAUUCUAACCUACCAGUUGUGCCACACUUACGUGCGUUGCACCCGCUCAGUCUCCAUCCCUGCGCCAGCCUACUAUGCUCGUCUUGUGGCCUUCCGUGCCCGCUACCAUCUGGUGGACAAAGAACACGACAGUGGAGAGGGCAGCCAUGUGUCUGGUCAGAGUAACGGUCGGGACCCCCAGGCGCUCGCCAAAGCUGUCCAGAUUCACCACGACACCCUGAGGACCAUGUACUUCGCCUGAGCUACACAAACCAUCACCACCAUCGAUCCCUCCCACCUCAUUUCUACCUGUGUGGGCAAACGGCCCACCACCACCACCUCAUCCCCAUCCCUUAUUCCCAAUGACUGCCUAGCACACAUCCUCCACAGGCCUGUCAGUCAUUAACCCAAAUCCAAGAAAUGUAAGACCCUUCACCUGUAAAACACAGGCAGACUCUACAGCCUCAUGCACUCAAAGGUUAUGAUAUGAUUUCAUUGUCAUUUGAUUGUUUUUUACGUUACCAGGAGUAUUGCUCUUUUUAUGUUGAUUAUAUUUUUUUUAACUUGGGUAUUAUUAUGUAAUUGUAUUGUACGCUACCUUCACACUCCUGUGUUUGUAAGUAUGCAAUACGGAUGGGAGGAAAACAGGCGAUAAAAAAAGAAAAAAAACACGGAAAACUUUUGUAACUGCCACCACGAUGCUGCCUCUGCACCCAUCCGCAUGCCGGAUGCCAGUUUUCACAGCCCCAGUAUGAGAGAGUAUGGGGAUCCUCCAGAGGGGCGGUACUGUGCACGCACACUUCCAUGUAUCAUUUUUGACGUCGUCAUGAACUACAUUCAUGUUUUUAAUGUUUUUGAAUAAUGUUAUUUUUUUAAACAGCCUUGAGGAGUCUGAGGUGUGGUACACUUAGCACUUAGUGUUAGCAUGUAGGUGCUACCAGUCCUGCACAUAGGAGCCUGUUAGUACAGUCUGGUCUUUAUAUUAGCAGAGACAGACAGAGCAGGUGUAGCAUAUCAUAGAAACAGGAGAGAAGUCCUGCCGCACUCUCUGUGCUGGUUGGCCAGUCCCAUAGAGAUUUAGCCUAUAGAGGCAAGCUUAGCAUAACAAUAGAGGGACCAUUUGCAUAGAGUGUAUCAAAUAUACUUGCACCCCAUGCACCUAAACCAGCAUUAUUAACCAGCCAAAAGUGAUGCCAACCAAUGGAAAAGGGGCACUUGAACAGAAAGGUGAUUUUUUUUAUUUCUGUAAGCAUCGCUCUUUGAGGAUCUUCGAGGCACUUUUUUUUAAUUUACUUAUUGUUUCUUUUACUCUGAAAUGGCGAGACUUGUCUGUCGUGAGGUUAGACACAGCUUAUUUUGAAGUUUACACACCUACACUUUCAUAGACUUCAGUACGAAGAGGUAAUUAAGGCAAUAGGGAAGGUCAACACUCCUCUGUAGAUUUGAAUGCAGGCAAAUAUGAAGUCUGUGAUCACUUAAGUGCUGCAAAGCUGAAUUCAGAUUCAGCAAAUUGACCUUGCUUUGAUCAUUCUGCACAUGCCCAACACGUAUCAGUGGAGAUGACGUCACAUUGUGCUCUCUAAACUUCCACCCACGCACUUCUUUGCUUACCUACCUAUACACACUUUUUCCUCAUUCGUACACAAAGCUCUUUCUCUGCAGGCAUUUACAACUCAUUGCCUGGAAAGCAGAAGCACACACAUCUCUGCCGUCUCAGUCUCUUUCCAAGCAUGUAGAGACCUCUUCUAAUGCACUUGUCCCCUCGUUUCACCCCCAAGCCAAACACUCAUAACCCUCCUCCCCUUCACCUUCUAUCCUUGCUGUCUAUUCUGACUUGUCUCAUUACAAACCUACAGCAUCUCGUGCCCCAAUCCCCUAGCUUGUGUUAGCCAAUCCCCAUUGGUGCUCUGUGUGCAUGGGCGGCACAGAUAGGGGGUUGCUACAUUGGCCAGGUUGGGCAUCUGUUACUACUACCGUACUUAAAAUGCCCUGCCUUUACAUUGAGUCACUUUCUGGAUUUAUGAAAAAUAAUGCAUGUAAUUUUUUUAAAUGACUGGAUAUUCUGAGCCACCUUAUUUUGGUUUUCUUAGAGGUAGGAGCCUCGCGCUCACCACUGCCUGUCGUUUUGCCUCGAUUGUGUAACGGUUAUAAAAACUGCUCUUUUUCUUUGUCAUUAUUAUUAUUAUUAUUAUUAUUAUUAUUAUUAAUAUGAAUAUUGUGACUGGUGUCGGAGUGUAUCCUCAAGAGGGCACUGUGGAGACUGUCUCAAAAUUCCACCUCAGUUGCCCUUAAAGCGCCUCAAAUCUUGUCUGAUGGUCAGAGCCCCUUUGAGCUAAAGGGGAUCAAAAGAUAAGAGAUCAGAUGAGUUUGAUUUUUAAAUCAUGUUUAUUAACUUGCAUAAUCAAUAUGCCUUUGUACACCGUUUUACUGAUCCUUCAUCGUGUCCAAGGUGAUUUGUAUAUAUAAAUAUAUAAUAUUAACCUGUUAUGUAUUUUGGCUCACCAAUUGCCGGGCCUUUCACAGUUGGGGUUGGUGUUUUAUCCCUCAUUCUGUGCUUAUUAAAAAAAAAAAGGAGAAAAAAAAA